GUUCUGCCCACCUAAAUAUUGAAGAACUCUAGAACUACAGUACUCUUAUGCUUUUAUUUCUAUUUGUGGUCCGUGAAGUAGCAACAGUUCAAUUCUCCAUUAGCAUGUGAGGGAAACUGAAGCAUGGUGCCUACACUCUUUUCUCAGAGACGUCGUCGACGUCCGGGUUUUCUGAGGGCUAAAACUCCUCCAGAACCACCAUCAUUUUCAGCAUUUGCUCCAGAUCCCACACUUGUGGACAGCCAGGCGGGCACUGCGCUUCCUCUUUCAGCCAAGAAUGCCGUACCAGCGUGCCAAGGAGACGAAAGUUCUCUUUCGGUUCCUACACUGCUGUCGUUGGCGAAACAACAAAAAGCCGGUAUCGGACCAGCUGUUUGUGACGAAUAUAUAGGCACACCACGCAGAAGAAGCUCGCGAUUUUUGGUGAUUCAAAGCGGUCCCGACACAAUUAAAAAACCUUUAAACCAGAAUAAAGAAGACACAGUUCGUAAUGUAGCUCCCCGGUCUGCUGUACUUUCCACAGAUGGAGACAGUAGCAGUCCAUCAAUUGCUGAAAUCGCUACUGCACUGACUGGGCAGACGGAGACGCACAACAGUCCGGCAGAAAACGUUACCCCUUUUCUCCGCAGUAAAGAUACUAUAGACAGAAGUCAAGCAGAACAACCAAUUACUAAGUAUAAAGCGCAGAGAAUCAGAUGUUUGUCUGACGGUAAAUCUACCCUGAGUGAAUUGAAGUUGUCCACACCAGUGAGAAAAAGUUUAAGGCUUAUGACGGCGCGCGAAGGUCAAGGAAAACAAGAGGGAUCAGGUCGACAGUGCAAAACAAAAACACCCGAACGUAAGUUACAACUCUGUAAUUCGACUGAAGUCACUGUGUCUACAGCAGCGCGUCAACGAUCUGGGACACCAUCAAGGGUCCUUGUAUCUAUGCCAAAGCGACAAGCAAUAAGAAAAAGUAAACUGGAAAAUGCAGCUCAGGAUAUGAAUGCCAUAAUGAAUGGAAAUUAUAAUUCCUUAAACGGGACGUCCGCAGAAAAAACAAGAGGUUCUGUAUAUGGCGGUAAAAAUGCUACGAAAGCGGCUAUAAAGAACGUUAGUACGUCCAGUCAGCAAAUACUUCCUAGCCUGCGAAGCAAUGCAAUGCGUUGUUUUAAAGCCGAAAAAGGAUCGGCAAUGGCCAACACAAGAUCUAGCCUUUGUGCUAACGGACUGAGAAAUAAUUCUACCAUAAAUAACUCCAUGAGCAAGUUAGUUGCCGUUCAAAACCCUAAGCCUUCUGCGGUAGCGUCAGUAGGUUAUCAUCGACAUCUCGAAAAUGUAACAUGGCCCUCUAACGUUAUUAACAUAAGCAUCACUUCAAUGGAUCAUGUCAAAAACUGUGUCAUGCUCACAAAUAAUGGAUGCUGCCCAAUGAAAGACGAAAAGAGAACAGAAGCUCAACAAAUAGACAAGAUGCAACUGUUGAACCACGUUCACAUUGAUAUUUCAAAAGAACGUUCAUUAUCUUGCCGCGCGCCAGCUUCUGACAUAUUAACGGUAUGUGACGACCUUCUGUCUGGUUCUAUAGAGAACCCAUCGUAUGCAACGUUUCUCAAGGAAAUCUGCCAUAGGGGGCCUACGAACAACCCCAUGAAUGCAAAUCGGCAUUCUACAAGAAAUACUACUCAACUAAAUGUUGACAAUUGUGAUCGUCAUCCUCGAGUUGAUCAGAGAGAGAACGCCAAUAGAAAUGUUUCAGGUAGUGUUGAGGCACCGAUGAUACCAUGUUUGCCAGCUGUUGUUCUCACGCCAGCUUUUGCUGAUCAGCCUAAGGGAAAAGAAGGGAAAAAGCGAAAUCGAUUCAAGAGAGAAAUGCGGACCUGUUUUACCCAGGUAACACCGGUCCUCAAAGAAAAGAAAAAGAAAGAUAACCAAGGUAAACCUGUCCUACAAGACAUGCAGACAAGCACUACCGACUUCAGUCAUAUCAUGUACGUUCCCGGCUAUAAAUCGCUAUGCGUUCAGGUUGAUCUGGAUCAAACAGAAAGUCUCCCAAAACGAAGGAAAAUCUCUGAUGUAUGCGGUCUAGUUGCGAAUAGGAACUGUGACAAUAGGGGCAAGCCAAAGGUGGACAAAGGCACCAGCUGUUGUGAGGUAUUGGUUGAUGAAAAUAUACCUAAGAAUAAACCAGAUACCCCGAAUCAUGAACGCCAAGCAUCAUCUGUUGUUGAAACGACCACGUCAAAGGCAGCUUGUAUUCCUUUGCCUUUAGCUCCUAUAUUUGAACAUCCGCGAGAAUAUUGUUCCGCCUGCGUACAGGUUGACAUGGGUAAGAGCGCACUGAGUUCUCACUUGUUUGUGAAAAUGCCCGAUAAUGAUGGAACGAUCCGACAAGCUUUGGCUCCACCACCAGAUAUAGCCAGAAAUUCCAUAGAGGCAACCCUAUAUUCUCGAGGGGCUAAAAAGUCUCUCUCAGUACUUGUCGCAGAGGAGCAAAAUCUUGUGAACUCCAAAAAACUCAGUUCUCAAUUUAGCCUUAUCGGAACUGAAAUGGCGCCUCCAUUCGCAAAUUUGAAUCUUGAUGCACUUCCCGGUAUAAUAGUCGACAACCCCGGUGUUCCAGUUUCGGAAGAAAAGGAUCAUUAUGUGCCUGUUAAUGUCGAAUCUGCAACGCAAGCCUCAACACUACCAGUUUUCGAGGCUGACCGAAAGUUGAGCCAUGUCACCCGUAAUCGACAAGCGACAAAUGCACCCUCAGAUUCCAAUAGUGUCAACAAAUCGCCAGCCGCGGUGAGCUUGGCUGCAAACAGCUGUCAUUUGAAUCGAAAGAGAUCGCCUCCGCUAAGGCCAAUACGAUGCUUUUCAGCUCAUUUGUCUGGUAAAAUGCCCGUUCGCACAGUAAAUGCUGAUGUCAAUGCCCUACAAAAGGAUCUUUUUCAACGACCCUUCAUUCGCCGUCGAGUCAUUAUCUCUAACGAGGUGUUUCGUCGAGUGAACCAAAGGACCGAGGAGAUGUGGGAAGCUUUUCGAAAGCAGUUUAAAUUGGCGGCAAUGGCGGAAGAGAAUGAACAAUGGACCGCACACAAAGCCGCGAAGAGGCGUAGCGAGGCUCGACGAGACGCACUUGUCGACCACGAGCCAAUUGACGAUAAUAUGGAAGAGGAAAUUCAAAUAAGAGUUACCGAGAAGGUGGCUCAAAUGCAAAAAAAAAUCAAGAGAAUCGAGAAAAAGCUCGCCAAGGAAGCAGCGGCAAAAUCAAAGCCUGUCGAUGAACCCAAAGCCUCCAAAAAGCAGGCAACAACAACAACCGAUGAAAACAGUCAUACCUCUCAGGCGACUGAUCAGCCGAAAAAUUUUAGAAAAACAAAACAAAAAAGGGAAGACGCUUUAAAUUUGAACAAGCGUAGAAAAAUAACGCGAGCUACCAGUUUACAAGAUUCGACUAAUCACCACGAGAACAGACGACUGAAGUCUCAUCGUCUAUGCACACUUAUGGAAGAAGAGAUUUCCCCGAUAAAAAUAACUCGCCUUGCAAAUGCCAAUGGAAAAACGAGAUGAAAGAAGCUGAUAUUACGUGACACCCUUAGAUCAUUUACAUUCGCUAUCUUAUUAGGUUGAGCCAUGUAAUUUAUUAUCCGGCAAUUCAGCGAGUAGGAGGUGAUACCAAAUUUUUGUGUUUUCCCAAAAUAAUAACAAAAAUAACAAGUGAUUGAAAGAUAAGCGAUCUCUCGACUGGUACAAUGGCGAUUGUUAUUUUUCUGUCGAUUCUAGUAGACGAUUAUCGCAUUUCCGUACCCCACAUUGUCUAACAAAUGGCAAACAUUAUGUUCCUUCUGUUUAUGAUUCCUUUUUGUUUUUAGUGGUACAUACUUUUGAAUUAUAAAAUCCAUGCAUAUUGCUACCAACACAGAUAAAAUUAUUUAGCUACUUAACUGCAUAGAUCAUUGACUUUCUCAUGUACAUAAUGUAGCUGCAUUAAAAGACACAUGUUUUUUGUUUGUUUAAGUUAUGUAAGGUUAUAGUGUGUAUGGCGCGGAGAAAGGUUUUCUAAUAAAAAGUAGAUGGUGAUCACCGUAUCCUCUAAAUUGGGUAGAACCUGUUUCGAAAAAGUAAACAGUAGAUGCAUACAAAUUGUGGAUGUAUAUAUAGAAUAACUUGAAUAAACAUAUUUAUGGAAGCAGAAUACAUAUACACAAAUUUGUUCUUACCUAAAAUUGUG